AUGACGGCGGAACCAAGCGACAGCACUACCAGCACCGCACCGAAACCAACAGCAAGCGAUGCAAACACAACUUAUCAACAAGAUUACUCUUGGAAACUACCAAUGACGCCUGCACCGCCGCGUCUGAAACCGGAAAGAAAAAAAUCGGAAUAUCAAAGAGAAUUUGCCUGGCCUAGCUCUCCAGCACCCUCUCCGGCGCCUGCUACUCCAGAACCACAAAAGAUAACAAACACAAACGACUCUACACCCGCUAUAACAGAAUCCACUCGAUUAAAUGCUGUGCGUGAAUUGCCACAGUCUGUAAAAACUCCAGAGUUGAGAGCAUCAGACGACAGACUUUUGAAUGCUUCCAAGCACAAUGGAUCAUUUGUAGUAGAGCCUGCACCUCUAAUUGACACUAUUUCUCCUGUCAGAAACGACGACUCUUGGAGUAAUUCUCUGCGCAAAGACAAACCACAAGAGCUCGGACUAGACGAAAAGACAAAGAAGAUUGUCGCGCUCGAGGCAAAUCGAUUAUCAAAGAAAUCACGCUCACAGUCAAUGUAUUCGCUUCAUGAUCAAUUAAAAGUUUUGGAAGCUGCAGAGGAUUUAACAAACCCUUUGGAAUCAGAAUACAGACGAGAGUUUGUCAAUUGGACUGAAUAUGGCAAGUUUGGCAGAGAAGAUGGUACGUUUAAUGCUAGGUCAAAACAACCUACCCUCCGGCGACGUGGGUCAUGGUCCGCACCGCUUCCUGCACCGCUCAGGUGGUUGGAUAGUCAAGAGAAGCUACAGCCGACUAUCCCCAACUCACAAUCAAUCAGAGCACCCGUUAAACAACCUCCACCUCGACCAAAGACGUCGGCUGAAUUUCGAGACUAUUUUGAUUUUGACAAGCUCAACUAUACCUUUGAACCACGGCUCUCGAGAGAUGAUUUCGAUGAGCGUUCUAUCACUCAAUCUGAUAAAAAAUAUAGCAGCUCGCCGCUACGAUCAGGUGCCUAUUAUGAUCACCUCGACAACAGAAGGCGUGAUGGCGAUGACAUAUUAACUGAUAAAUAUGAUGAUAGACGAAGUGACAGGUACGACGACAGGCGUACCGACAGACCUGACGACAGGCGAACUGAAAGAUAUGACGAUGGACGAUAUGACGAUAGGCGAUCUGAAAGAUAUGACGAUAGACGCCCUGACAAAUAUGAUGAUAGACGUGAUCGUGACUAUGAUGAUAGACGUAAUGACAAGUACGAUGAUAGACGUGAUCGUGAUUAUGAUGAUAGACGCCGUGAUCGUGAAUACGAUGCAUACGAUGACAGACGAGGAGAUAGGUAUGACCGUGUCUAUGAUGACAGAUACGAGCGCUCUCGUGAUAGAGAAUACCCCGAUAGAUACGAGCGUCCUCGCGAUAAAGGAUAUGAUGACAGAUAUGAACGCACUCGUGAAAGGGGUUACGAUGAUAAGUAUGAGCGGUCCCGUGAUGAUGAGUACGAUGAUAGAUAUGAGCGUCCUCGCGGCGGUAGAGAUUAUGAUGACAGACGAUCAGACGCAUACGAUGCUCGUCGUCAUGAAAGAGAAUACCAAGAAAGUCGUGCCGAUUCGGCGUAUAGCGAUCGAAGACGUGAUCGUGAGUAUGAUGAUAGACGGUAUGGAAAAUCUCAUGAUAACAGCAGCGUUAGCAGCAGACGCGAAGACCCUUAUGAUGACUAUCGUAGGGAUCGCGACAGUAAACGCGAUCGUCGUAGCGAUUUGGUAUAUGAAGAUAGUCGUGGCGAUAAAGUUUAUGAAGCCCGCAGAUCAGAACAAGACUCUCGAUCGACAAGUCAUUCCACCGUGUUACCGUCAGAAGACGACAGAUAUGGCGAUCGCGCUGGUUAUUCGAGGUCAAAGCAUUCGACUGGUGGUUCACGUGAUGAGACUGCGCAUUCAGCUUCAUAUGUCAACAACUCUCGUACGCGGUCUAGUCAAAGUUCGCUCAGCUCUGUAUCGACACCAAGCACUCCGGCAACGCCCAAUGGAUACGACACAUAUGAAUCGCGGACGAAAAGAUCUUCGGAUAUUGAUAGUAGAUCAUAUAAAGAACAAUUGUAUUCAUCUACCAGUUCUAAGCAGAGGUCAUCAAAUAUAGAAGAUGAUCGAGAUCGAUACUCUAAUUACAGUAGAACAAGUCAAACUCCACUUCGCAAAGGGUUCACUAUUGGCGAUGAUGACGAACCAAUUGAAACACCCAGUCGCACGUCACGUCGACAGCAUCCAACCGACAGUUCAUCGUAUCGAGACUCUUCUACUCCAAGAGGGCGACAAACAAGACUCUAUGAAAGGUCUCCUGCAUCAUCAGCCCCCCAGUCCUUUGCAUCUUCGCCGGCUCGAUCGCCCAGUCCGCCAGGAGAGUACCGUAGAUAUCAUCACAGUAGCAUAACGUCACCUAACCUGUCACCCACAUAUUCAUCUCGACCUCCAUCCCGAGCCACCAGCGUUAGUAGUCAUGCUACAUCGAUCGAAGAGGAAUCUGCUGUACUAACAGACAUGCUACGAAUAGCCGACUCGGCAACUUUGAGAAGUCUCACAGACCAACUUAGCAUAUUCCGAACAUCUCGAGACGUGACAAGAAGCUCUAUUCAAAGCAACACCAAAGGGACCAAAAGUACGACUGCCAAAUCAACGAAAUCGACACCAGUCUCAAAACCGAAUCGUAGCAGUUUACCAACAACUACUACCAGAAAGGCAUCAUCAGUAAGGUCUGGCGUGGCAACUCCUCGAACAUCAAGUAGUGCUGCCAGCUCGCGAAAAUCAUCAGUAGUAAAUGGAUCUAUUCCACGACCUACCAGUGCGCCAGUCAAAACUCGCCAUAAGCCUCCAUCAUCAGCGGCAUCGUCGAUCUCGUCAAUAGGGUCGUCUCGUAGCUUGGGUGCUACAUCAUUUAGUGAAGCGCGCGAGGCACUAAGUAGAGCCAGGAUGAAAGUUGAAGAAAUGUUGGAGCUUGUCAGUAAUGGAAAUUACGAUGUGUAG